AUGGAUGAUCCUCUCCCCAUUCCCGGAACGGUCCAGCAGGUGGAUCUAGAUCACACCUCGCGCCUGAGACACAAUAACGAGCAUGAAGAUAUCGUCCUGAUUCCUCACCCAAGCUCUCAUCCCGAUGAUCCUCUCAAUUGGUCCCGCCAGCGCAAAUUUCUGAGCAGCGCCUGCCAAAUGUCCUGGUGCUUCCUCACCGCCGCCCUCAUCAGUGGUCUAUCAUCCUCCUAUCUCCUGAUCUCAGAAGACACAGGUAUUUCUGUGGCAGAUCUCAGCACAGGAAAUGGUCUCAUGUAUCUCUUCAUGGGCUGGGGCACCCUGUUGACCCAAAACCUUGCGCAGGACUUUGGUCGUCGGCCAGUCCUGUUGGUUGGCAUACUUGGCUCAUCGCUGUUGCAGAUCUGGUCUACGUAUAUGAAGUCGGUGGGUGAAUGGUACGCCAAUCGAAUUCUUCUUGGCAUUUUUGUUUCGCCUCAGGAAGCCUUGAUCGAACUCUGCAUUGCGGAUAUCCACUUUGCCCAUGAUCGAGGCUUCCACAUGGGUAUUUAUAACUGGACUUUGUGGUGUGGUGCUUUCAUGUCACCUAUCGCUGGUGGCUUUGUUGCUGAGAGGUUCGGUUGGAGAUGGAUCCAAUACAUCCUAGCCAUUAUUUGUCUCUGCUUCACUGUUAUCACGUUCUUCGGCUUUGAAGACACGAUGUUCUUCCGCCAAGUGAAUAUUCAGGAACCGGCAUUUUCCACUGCCAAAGACAUCAGCGAUCUGGAGCCAUCAAUUGAAAGCGACAGCAAAACGGUCUCCGAAUCUAAAGAGCCAGAGAAUCCUGGUGUCACUCCUGUCGUUGUUGAAGAGACUUACCAGAUCAAAACAUACACCCAGAAGCUGAAAUUGUGGGGAUUAAGACAUCCUUCGCAGCCUUUUAACUUCUUCCGGUCAUUUUUCCUUUCCUUCCGUCUGCUAUGCUUCCCCACAAACAUCUUCUCCGGUCUUCUUGUGGGAAGUAUUCUCGCCUGGUACAAUGUUCUGGGAGGGUCCUUAGCGGAGGUUCUAGGCAGUGCCCCUUAUAAUUUCACGACAGAGCAGAUUGGUCUUACCUAUUUUGCUAGUGUGAUAGGAGUUUCGAUUGGAUGUUACUUUAGCGGCUGGUUCAGUGAUAUCCUUGCAAUCAAGCUGGCCAGAGGACGAAACGGUAUCAAAGAACCCGAAGACCGUCUCUGGAUGUUCUUGAUUGCCCUCAUUGCCCAUCCUCUGGGGUGUAUUCUUUAUGGUGUCGGAGCAAGCCACCAUAUUCCAUGGAUUGGAGUCGUCAUCGGAAUGGCCUUCAUCUGCAUCACUCUGCCGAUGGGAUCUGGCUUAGCCAUUACCUACAUUAUUGACAGUCAGAAGGAGCUGGCGGGAGAGUCAAUUGUGACUGUUAUUUUGAUCCGUAAUACAAUUGGUGAGUUGCAAUGCCUUGCCAGAUCAAUCAAUAUUUUUAAGUGA